AUGCCAAUCUCCGCCCUGCCUCAAGAUACAAUCCGCCGAAUAGGGGCAACCCUUGCUAUCACUAGCCCCGUUGCCCUACUCAAAGAGCUCCUUGACAACGCCAUUGACUCGGGUGCCACUUCCAUUGAUGUUAUCGUCUCGUCGAACACGGUUGACAGGGUCGAGGUCAGAGAUAAUGGCCAUGGAAUUCACCCAGAUGACUUCGACUCCCUUGGUCGUCCAGGACACACUAGCAAACUCCGGUCCUUCGACGAACUUGACACACUUGGAGGAAGCAGCCUUGGGUUCCGCGGCGUGGUGCUGGCGAGUGCGAGUGCCGUUUCGAAUGUGUCCCUGACCACAAGAGUGUCGACCGAACCCGUUGCGACGGUGAUGUCACUUGCCAAGGGAGGAGGGAUCAGCGCACAACGACACUCACCUGCUCCAGUCGGCACCACGGUCUGUGCUACUGGCUUGUUCGCUCAUCUGCCCGUCAGGCUAGAAGCUACCGUCAAAGAAGCUCCCAGGCAUCUCACCAAGAUGAAGGAACUUCUGUAUUCAUACGCACUUGCGAGGCACCGGAUCAGGCUGCGAUUCGUGGUACCGAAAACCCCGACCCUUUCGUGGUCUUACGCUCCUGCUGCCCAUGGUGGCGUCAGAGAAGCGGCCAUGCAGCUCUUCGGCACUGAGCUUGCAUCCCAGUGCAUAUUUGAAAUAAGUCCAAGCAGGAGCCCCGAGGCCCCCUCAUCGAAUCGUCUGAAUGGCCUCGAUGCCUCCACCAACCGGGAGACAGGUCCGGUUUUUGAAGCCCUUCUACCAAAACCAAGCGCUGAUGUCCGGAAGAUUGGAAGAGGGGCCUUUAUCUCUGUUGAUUCGCGACCAAUCUCUUCAGUUCGAGGGACGGCCAAGAAACUCUAUGCGCUCUUCAAGGAGCGCAUCUCGGCUCACUUCUCCCAGGCUCACUCAAGUGAUGUACCCAAAAACCCAUUUCUUAGCCUGAACAUUCGGUGUCCGUCAAGGUAUUACGAUGUGAACAUAGAGGCAUUAAAGGAUGAUUUUCUUUUCAAGGAUGAACAACAAGUCCUGGACCAGUUUCUGUCUUUUAUCUCUCUCAUUUACUCUACUGCUGAGGUCGAUUGCUCAGCCCAGUUGGCUGCUGAGGCAACAAAUGAUGUUAUGCCGAUUGGUGUCUCCUCGGAGGCCCGCGAGCACGGUUUGACCCCCCAGCUUACUCCUCCAUCAUGGCGCGUCGACAUGUCCGCUGGACUUGACCAUUUGAGUGAGGACGACAAUGACAUUGAGCAUUCCUCACCGCCGGCCAGCGAUCUGAGGGCCUCUGAGAAUAACUUGGUCAUUGACGAGGAUGAUAUGGCCGAAGGUGACGAUGCCAGACGACAUUCGAAGGAGGGCUUGAAUCCGUGGUCUAUCGCUAAAUUGGUCAGCCAUCAUCAGCGACGUGAACCACUCCCUAGCGACACUUCGCAGAACCAUCGGCGAGAGGUUCAAUCUCCGCCUCGCGACACCGCUAGUCCCGGGCCUGGUGAGGGAUUGGCGCCAAUCUGGCAGACUAGACACCCCCUAGACCAUCGAGUCCGGAAUCCUCCUUCGUUGAAUAAUCAUGACAAUUUCCAGAGCGGUACUGUGAAUCGUAUAUCCUCUCAAAGGGCAGCAGCUUCGUCGAUACGGCCUAGGAGACGCCAAGAUGGGCAUGGUCACCGCAUUGGACUCCAGAGCCCGCCCUCCUCAUCUCCUCACGGAAUGGAUUUAGAAGACGCAUUUGCUAGGGAACGACCUGCUCGGUCCCGCAACGCAGCUGGAUCGAGCCGACUGGUCCAGGCCAGAAUAUCAUUUGAUAGGGGGACCAAACGCCCACGCAGCCAUAACAAUACCGAUUCAGAGCCCCAAGUGUUUCCCAACUCCUCUAGCCUUGAUACGCAGGCAAGAAUUUCAGGAGCAAGACGACGUGUGAGUGCCGAGCACGCUCGUGAUGCAAUGGCCGAUCGCGACCUGAGACAAAUAGUACUGCAAGAAUCAGCGACUCCCCGACACAUACCACACGUCGCUGCCGAUGCAGCUGAGGGUGAAGGAGGUGUUGAUCACAUAGGCGGACAGAGCGAGACAACAUCACAACUCAAUCCGCUAGCCCAAGAUGCGAGAAUACAGCUCAUCAAACAUCAAUGCCUCAUGGCGUCGAACCCGCAAAAGAGGCUCAAACGCCUGAAGACGGAGCAGCUGCCGCUCGAGACCAUCCCGCGCGACUUCAUAACAGUCACUUUGCAGAUAACGAUAACGACCAAUUCUUGCGAGCUGACGCAAUCAAGUAUCCGUGCGACUCGCUACGACGCUUAUCCGAUCACCGGGAAACUAGGAGGCGGGUUUGAAGAUGGCAUCGGCCCCGAGGAAGCAGCCGAGCUGGUCCGACCUCUCCUGGAGCGUCCCGACCGCUGA